CGCCCGAGCCGCGAGUUCCAGCGCAGCGGGAAGGAGAGCAGCGUCGUCGAGCAUCGGAGCUGCGGAGACCAGCGAGCGAGCGAGCGAGCGAUGGCUUCGUUGCGGUGGCUGGUGGUGUGCAGCGCCCUCUUGCUCAGCGCGGCGCCUGGCACGGGCCAGCGCUUGUUGGGGGGCCUGCAGGACGCGUCCGUGGACGAGGAAGGGGUGCGGCGGGCGCUGCACUUCGCCAUGAACGAGUACAACCGAGCCAGCAACGACAAGUACGCCAGCCGCGUGUCAGAGGUCGUCCGGGUCAGGAAGCAAAUUGUCUCCGGAGUCAAUUAUUUUUUCGAUGUUAAAGUUGGGCGAACAACUUGUCCGAAGUCAGUAGCCGAUGUUGAGAACUGUGCGUUCCAUGAAGCACCAGAGCUGGCAAAGCACGUGACUUGCAGCUUUCAGGUGUAUUCUGUUCCUUGGACAAACCACAUCAGCCUGAAGAGAAACAAUUGCACCUAAACACCUGUUUGCUUCAUCAUAGCUGUUCUCCAGAUUCCAGAAGAGCAAUAAUCCAGUUGUGUUCUCAAGCAAAUGUUACUAACUCAGAAAUUCUGACAUAUACUUACAGGAUGCAAGCAAAUCGUGUACUUUUCCUUUUAAAUGUAUUUUCUGAACUUUUCUUUGUGAUUCAUCACUAGGUUUGUAAUCAGUGUUUUCAUGCUGGAUUAGUAUGAAAAAUAAAAACAUACCUUGUCAGAGACCAUGUAUAUUCAUUGCUAAGAAUAAAGUACCAUCAUUCA